CCGCUCUUCCUGCCGUCAUCUGAUUUUUGGCGCAGGCGCUCCAGCUUCCCCGAGAGUCAGCAGGAACAGCGGCAAAUCUCAACAUGGCCCCCAAACUUGAACUUCCGAACGCCGCGGCGAGCGUCUGGCUGAUCCUUCUCUCUCUCGUCCCCCCGGCGGAGGCCUACGAUGCGGGCGACGCCUUAGCCCUGCUCCUGGGAGCCAUCCUGACCGUAGUGGGCUUCUGCGCCUGCCUCGGCUGGUACGCACGCAAGCGGGACGGACAGCUGUGAUGAGAGAGGCUUCCCCGGAUCGUGCGCCCGUUCGGUCCCGCUUCCGUCCACCGCAUUAAUACCUCCCCUGCGUGGUCUCCCCGCGGUCCUUCUGGCACUGGGCUGGUGUCGAAGCGACUGAUUAAGAAAACGUGCCUUAAUGGAAUUAAUGCGUCAGGCUCAACGGGGAAACCACGUGAACUCUUUUGGAGAAGCUGGAGGGAAACAUUCAGGAAGUUCAAAAGCAGGAACUGCUGUUUGUUGCACUAGUCAAAUUAAGGACCAAACACUCUUGCCUUCUGUAUGAAAAGACUGCUGCAGUCACUGUAUAUUCUCCUGCGGAUGCUCGCAUUGCAUAUUGCGCAUAUUUCCCAUGCUUGAAGUGAUCAAUGUGAUGUCCUGAUGUAUGUUUGCAAUGUGCAACACAGCAUCACAAGUGGAGCUGCUGUGGCAAUCUGUGCUAAUGACUCGCUUUGCUGGGAAUAAAAUGGUUUAUCCGAUGCUCUGCACAA